AUGCGGUUCUCGAUCUUUACCAUAUUCGCAGCUCUUGUAGCUGGCGGCUUGGCCCAAUCAUGGAACUGCGACACAUCUGAGCAACGCUGUAUUAACAGAGAAUUGGGGUCGAGCUAUCGAUGUUCCGAAAACGCUCUAUGCAAGAAGCAGGGCAAUGGCUGCAGUCCGGUCACCGUGAAGGGAAGGAUCGAGUUUGCUAACUGCUCCGCAUGA